UGCAGCUCAUGUCGACCCUUCCCCAACUUCUCCUGCGCACUGCAAUCAAACUGAAUAUCAGUUAAGUUGUCUUUGUUUAAGUUAUAGGCCUAAGUUUCUUUAGCCUAUGGCCCUAUGUGUUUUUGAUGGGUUGGUUGGAAUCAUUGGGCUAUUAGUUAUUUGGAGAUUUAGGUUAAUUAAAAUUCUCGGACAUGAUGUCAGUAUUUAAGCAUUGAUGCAUUGUAAUUUUGAAAGUUAAAUUAGCCUAAAACACAUCUUACUAACUCAGUAGUUUUAGAUCAGAUAUGGUAGGUAUAUCAAACAUUAGUGUAAUAGCAUAUCAGAGUAUCUCUGUUAGUCAGUGUAUCAAUUUUUGUCUUGUUUCUCUGCAGAAGACCGCUCGUGCGUAAAGUUGCUAGCACCCGCCUCUUCGCUCUCCAAACCUGAACCAUGUACCCGUUUAAUGGCAGUUUCAGUAACUUCAGUCUGAUGAUGGAGGUUGCAGACAUGCCCCGGGAUGAGAACCUGGCCAAAGUAGAGAUCGCGCUGCUCAGCGUCAUCUUCGUCAGUGCCGCUAUCCUGAAUACAGGGCUACUACUGGUUCUGUGGAAGCGGCGCAAACAGGUAUCCACGAUGCGUGUCUUGGUGUUCCACCUUUGCGUUGCGGACCUGGUUGUGGCGUUUUUCCAGGUGUGCCCGCAGCUCAUGUGGGACAUUACGGACAGAUUCAUCGGACCGGACCUGGUGUGCCGCUUGGUGAAGUAUCUGCAGGUCGUAGGCAUGUUUGCGUCCACCUACAUGAUCGUAGUGAUGACCAUUGACCGCUACCAGGCUAUCUGCAACCCUAUGGUCAAAUUUCAGAGGAGGCGCAAGCGCUGGAACAUCCCUGUUUGCAUCGCCUGGGCGAUCUCCCUCAUGGGCGGCCUGCCCCAGAUCUUCAUAUUCUCGCGGGUUCAGGUGGCGCCCGGGGUGUUCGACUGCUGGGCGGACUUUAUCCAGCCCUGGGGCUUGAAGACCUACAUCAMCUGGACCACGAUGGUUAUCUUUGUCUUGCCCAUUUUGACCGUGGUGGUGUGCCAGGUGCGAAUCUGUCGAGCCAUCCAGAAUAACCUUUACUUAAAGACGCACCAGGAUGGGGGUAGCGGGGUUGCCUUUCAGCUGCCCUCUAGAACCAGCAGCGUGGCCGGGGUGUCCAAAGCACGAAUCAAAACUGUGAAGAUGACAGUGGUUAUCGUACUUGCCUACAUCAUCUGCUGGACUCCGUUCUUCACGGUCCAGCUUUGGUCUGUGUGGGACAAGGAGGCGCCAACAGAAACCGCAACGUUCACCAUCCUGAUGCUGUUGGCAAGUCUGAACAGCUGCGCAAACCCCUGCAUCUACCUGCUCUUCAGCGGCCAGCUGCCCAAUAAGCUGAUGGUGCUGUGCCGAAGGCCUUCCAACGGGAAAGACUCCAUUAACUAUGAGGCCACAGUGGUCAGCUCGCUCUACAUGAGCUUCAAAAGCAUCUCCGACUCCAAAUAGAACACACUGUUUUCAUAUUUUCCCGGUAUGGGGAAGCAAGUAACUAAAGGUACGCUUUAGAACCUGAAAGAGUUCUUUGGYUGUCCCCAUAAGAUAACCCUUUGAAGAACCCUUUUUGGCUCCAUGUAGAACCCGUAACCAAAAAGGUUUUUCCUAUGGGGUACAGCCGAAGAACCCUUUUGGUACUCUUUCUUCUAAGAGUGUAUGUGCGCAAAUACACGCUAAAUACUGGGGAAUAGUCCACCACUAAUGGAUGAAGGCUGCCUGUUUGUGAUGUGGGCUGGCGCUGGGUGUCACAGGGAGAUAUAUCACGGUUGUAACACCUCUGGCAGACAACAUAGGAAUGAGCAACAUUAGCUAGAUUUCCGACAGUUUUCAUGUGAAUAUUAUCAAAUCCGCAUAAAAACAAUAUGCGCAUUUCCCACCGGAGGUGUUUCCAUCAAAUGCACUUGUUUGACUUGAUGCAGAUAAAAGGCUGUGUGCGCGUGAUCCCGCGGUUAAAUUCCCAAUGUACCCAAGAAAAAAUACAAGUUAAAUGAGUUUCCAGCACAUUUGCAACUCUACUGAUUGGUUUUCCAGCCAACAGCGCUAUCUUCUUUAUAUUUGUCAAACGGCAGCCAAGCAUUGAUUAACAUGUCACCAGAAGAAAACCCUGGAUAUUUAUUGGAAAGAAGCAUCAAGCUCAGCACCUUGUACUUUCACCACCCUGUGAACUUCAUCAUUUAUUUAAUCUGUAGCAUAAUAAACUGCAUGCUUUCCCAAAGAGUCAUAGUGGGGGGGACCACACAACAUGUCAUUAAGUGACUCCAAGUUUUCUUCGACAUGAUGUUAUUAUAUCAAUAUUUGCGCAGAGCAGUGUUUCCCAACUCCUGUUCUCGAGUAAUCACAACAGCACAGACAUAUUUGUUGUAGCACCAGACAAACUCACCUGAUUCAACUAAUUGAGGGCUUAAUGAUUAGUUAUCAAGUUGAAUCAGGCGUGCUUGUCCAGGGUUACAACAAAAUGUGUGCUUUUGGGGGUACUCGAGGUUGAUUAGUUUCCUACCUUUUUGUGAAUACAUGUCUAAAUCUAAUCUAACACCACCAGUUAACACCUGCAAACUUUUUGAUUGUAUAGUGUAGACUGCAUUUACUGCCUGUGAUUGUUUACAAUAAUCGUAUGAUCAUCUUCAGCUGUUUGGUGCUUUUAUGAAGCCAGUGACGUGGUGAAAGAAAGCAGUUACAAAAUAGGUGUGUGUUCACAGACAUAGUCCAAUGUUGACGUAAUCUAACAAAAUACAAGCCAACUGUUUGAUGUCUUCUGUGCCCAUAUGAAUGUACCCUACGGUGUAACUGCAAUGAUGAGAUAGAUGUUCUUCUUCUUUGUUUUAUUUUCUCGCAGUCAUACUAUGUUCAACUGUGUUUGAUCUUGCCUAGCCAUCUUGUCUCAAGAGGACCACAUUGGAAAUAAGUCCCAGACUUUAUUGUGUGUUAUCCUCCGUGCUUU